AUGGCAUCCAUAAAAUCCCUCCUCAACCCUCUUCCUUUCCCAGAGAGAGACCGAGAGCGAGACCGGUUCUCCCUCCCAAAUCCACAACCGUCAUCAUCGCCCAACACAUCCAGUCCUCUACCUCUAGUCUCACGACCUCCGAUCCCAGUCCCCGUUCCAAUCCACCGCCCCAGAAAACCAAAAAUGGCCAAAGACGCCCCCAUCUUCAACCGCGGCAGAGUCAGAGGCGAGUGCCGCUUUGCGCCGUGCGAGCGCCGAGACGCCGAGCUGUUGAAACUGCACCGUGACUUCCAGAUCCAUCCCAUGAGUGACAUUGCGGAGUUUCCGAGGCAUAUUCCUUAUAAUAGCGAUAAGAAGUCGUUUCAGGAGAAGACUGGCCGGGGGGGUUUUGAAGUCUUUCAAUACACGUUUAAGAUCCCCGGGCAGGAUAAGCCGUGGACGGUUAUGUGGGAUUAUAAUAUCGGUUUGGUUCGGACGACUCAUCUGUUCAAAUGUCUGGACUAUUCAAAGACCACCCCCGCCAAAGUCCUUAACGCAAACCCCGGCCUACGCGAAAUCUGCCACAGCAUCACCGGCGGAGCCCUCGCCGCACAAGGAUACUGGAUGCCCUACACAGCAGCAAGAGCCAUAGCAGCAACAUUCUGCUGGAAGAUCCGCUACGCACUAACACCUCUCUUCGGCGUGGACUUUCCAAACGACUGCAUCCAUCCGGAUAAUCGGAACCUGUUCGGCAGAAUGAUCGUCUCGCCGCAGGUUAUUCAGAUGGCGACUCGUGAGACGAGCGUUUAUAGAUGCAUGGAGAGGGGCGAGUAUGUCUCUUCGCGGAUGGAGGGGGGCGGGCAUGUCUCGAGUCGGGAGAUGGUGAGCUUUGAUAGUCAAUCGUACCGGUCUUGUCAGGAUGGGUCGAACACGAGUGUCCAGUCUGAACGAGCACCGUUCCAUCGUCAUCAUCAUCAUCAUCACCAUCGGUAUGCAGGCAGGAUAUACGGUAGAGAGGGAGGGGGAGGCGGAGAGGGAAGGAGAGGAUACCGCUCUUCACCAGAUUACAGCACCGAUAUCUCGACGACUAGUACCACGGCGAGCACAGCGCCGCAUAGCUUGUCUGCUAGCCCGCGCAAUACAUUCAAACCUGUUAAUACACCGCGCAGUCUGGAUGGGCUACAGGGGAGGAUCCCUUCGCCGGAGACGCUGUCGACUUCUAUGAGGAGGAUGUCUGUGCAGCAGCGGGCCAUUACUGUUACCACCACUACUACUGCUACUAUUACUGCUGCUGCUGCUACUGCCAACUCAGACAGUGGCAGUGAGAGUGACGGUGGGAUGGGCUUGUCUCCUGGACAAUAUAGACCGAUUUGUUCGUCACUCUCUUCGUCGUCCAACUAUCUAUCCUCUUCUUCGUCGCCGCCGUCGUCAUCCUCCUCUCCAACAUGCUCCCCAACCGCAUCAUCGACGUCAACGUCAACGCCAACACCACCAACAACAACAACAACAAAAAGCGCAACCACAUCCCCACAAGAAGCAGAGCAGACAAAAUCCAACUGCAGCACCACACAGAUCUCUCCAUCCAUUCCCUCCCCCUCAAAAAACCACCUACAUACAUCCCCCCCUCACCCCCACAAUCCACUCUCCCUUGAGAUACCGAGAAAACGCAAACCCAGCGCUGCCCUCUUCGCCCGCGAAGUCAAAGCCGCGCACGCCCUGCUCGAUCUUCACACAGCGACAGCUAGCGAUGAUGAGUUUGUGGGGUCGUUGGCUUGUAGAGUUGGUAAUGGCGCUGGAUGUGGUGCUGGGGCUGGGGUUGGGGGGGAGGGGGCGAGGAAGAGGAGGAGGGCUUCGGCUUGA